UUUAUUCAACUUGAGAAAAUCGGUUGGAACUGUACAGUCCUGAAAAUGUCUUGGAACGCUUUGAUUACGGCGAACCAAAGAUUGCCCUUCCGGGAGGGCAAGGACAGCGACUAUUUCCAAUCCUAUUCGCGCUUGGAGACCCACAUGAACAUGCUGAGGGACUCGGUACGCACGGAGGCUUUUCGCGAUGCCAUCCUCCAGAGCCGGGAGCUGUUCCGGGACAAGAUCGUCUUGGAUGUGGGCUGUGGCACGGGCAUACUAUCCCUUUUUGCCGCCGAAGCCGGAGCCAGCAAAGUUCUAGCCGUGGAAAGCACCGACAUAGCGGAUAUAGCCGAGGAAAUAGUAAGGGACAAUCAGAAGGAGGAUGUGGUGAAGGUGGUCAAGGGAUUGGUGGAGCAGGUGGAGCUGCCCGACGGCAUUGAGAAGGUGGACAUCAUAAUCUCCGAGUGGAUGGGAAAUGCUCUCUAUAUGGAGGCCAUGAUAAACUCCGUGCUGUUUGCCCGGGAUAAGUGGCUUACCCGUGGUGGGCUAAUCCUGCCCAGCGCUGGAAACCUCUGGGUAAUCGGAGCCCAUGAUCCGCAUCGGCUGGCCAAUCUCAACUUUUGGCGCAACGUGGAGGGCAUCGAUAUGAGCUGUGUGAGGAAGCCAUUCUCCCAGGAGCCCUUGGUGGAGUGUGUGCCCAUCCAGCAGCUGCUAACCGACGAGUGCUUCAUACACUCCACCCACCUGACUGUGGCCCCCAAUCUGCCAGUGGACUUUCGAUCGAACUUUCAGUUGAAAGUCAAGCGAACUGGAAUUAUCAAUAUGCUGGUCCUCUAUUUUGAUGUGCGGUUUCCGGCGGGCAACUCGGAAGAAGCCGUCACCCUGUCCACCUCGCCGCAUUCGCCAUGGACCCACUGGGAGCAGACGGUGCUCCAUCUGGACGAUCCACUGUAUGUGAGGACCAAGGAUCGGGUGCGCGGAGUGCUGGCCAUGACGCCCACUGGAGAAGAUGGUCGCUGCAUGAACAUUGACCUGCACAUCAGCUUCCGUGGCGAUAGAACGCGAGUGGAGAGCUUCAAGUGCUUCUGCUCAGCGAGUUGAACUUGGAAUCCACUUGGAAUUUAGAAAUAUAAAAAUGUUGAACC